AUGUCGGAAACCACGCCGCCUCCCUCCACCAAGCGCACCGAAACUAUGGGUACGAUGGCUACCAUGGUGGGUAGCGACCCCGAAAACGCCAGUGGCGAUCAUCACGAUCUGGCCGAUAACCUCGAAGACUACUUUGUUGGUCCCCGCAACUUGGCUCACCAUUCGAAAUGGCCCAUGUUUCUCCAGCUUCACGGCAGCGUCACACCCCGGAUGAUCCUGCCGAUAGCCUUCACCGGCGCCUGGGCUACGGCUAUCAGCUGUAUCUCACAUUUUGUAUACAAUCUUGGCAUCGACUCGGUCCUUCUCACAGUUCUCGGUUUCGUCGUCGGUUUAUCUCUUUCCUUUCGUAACUCCACUGCCUAUGAGAGAUAUGCUGAGGGACGAAAGUAUUGGGCACAGCUGUCUCUCACCACGCAGAAUCUCGCUCGACUCGUCUGGGUGCACGUCGCCGAGAGGGAGGACUCAGCUGUCGACGACCUGCUCGCCAAAGUAACCUUCUGCAACAUGCUCGUCACCUUUGCCUACGCCCUUAAGCACAAGCUCCGCUUCGAACCCUUCACCCACUAUGCCGAUCUAGCGCCUCGCCUCAAGCAUCUGAACGUGCUUGCCGCAAAGGCUGAACCCCGCGACUUCUCGAACCCUUCGACGUUGCGACGAGCCGCUCGAGCUCUUGGCUUCCCCAUGGCCGAGUCCAACCCGCGAAAGCUCAUCAAGAAAUCGACCAAGCCCCUUGGAAACGUGCCGCUGGAAAUCCUCACCUACUGUUCCGAGUACUUUAAAAGCGUAAUUGAUAACGACACUUUCAAGGCGCCCAUCUACCAGACCCAAGCUCUCAACAUGCUGACGAUGAUGAACGAUGUUCUGACUGGAACCGACCGGAUCCUCAACACACCGCUCCCCAUUGCUUAUUCAAUUGCCAUCUCACAAAUCACAUGGGUGUACAUCAUAGUACUGCCCUUCCAGCUUUGGAAUCGUCUGCAUUGGGUCACCAUCCCGGCAACUAUGUUUGCGGCGUAUAUUAUACUGGGUCUUGCGCUUAUUGGCCGUGAAAUUGAGAACCCAUUUGGCGACGAUGUGAACGACUUGCCCCUUGAGGAUUUCUGCGAUCAGAUCCGUCGCGAGAUCGACGUGAUUCUGGCCAGCGGCGCACCGGGCGCAGAGGAUUUCAUCCGCAAGGACGACAACCUGCUCCUGCACCCUCUAAGUAACCACGGCUACCACUCCCUCAGGCAGAAGACGCCGGAGCAAGUAAGACAGUACCUCAAGACCAAGAUGGAGAAGGGCGUGCGCAACCUGUAA